CGGGCCGGCUUUGUGGAGCGCUGCGGAGGGAGCGCGCGCGGCCUGGCCCGUGGAACAAAGGAGCAGGGCGGCGCCACGGGGGACCGCCACCCACCUCCCGGCCGCCACCAUGACCGCCAACGGCACGACCGAGGCGGUGCAGAUCCAGUUCGGCCUCAUCAACUGCGGCAACAAGUACCUGACGGCCGAGGCGUUCGGGUUCAAGGUGAACGCGUCGGCCAGCAGCCUGAAGAAGAAGCAGAUCUGGACGCUGGAGCAGCCCCCUGACGAGGCGGGCAGCGCGGCCGUGUGCCUCCGCAGCCACCUGGGCCGCUACCUGGCGGCCGAUAAGGAUGGCAACGUGACCUGCGAGCGCGAGGUGCCCGGCUCCGACUGCCGCUUCCUCAUCGUGGCGCACGACGACGGUCGCUGGUCGCUGCAGUCCGAGGCGCACCGGCGCUACUUUGGCGGCACCGAGGACCGCCUGUCGUGCUUCGCGCAGACCGUGUCGCCGGCCGAGAAGUGGAGCGUGCACAUCGCCAUGCACCCGCAGGUCAACAUCUACAGCCUGACCCGCAAGCGCUACGCGCACCUGAGCGCGCGGCCGGCCGACGAGAUUGCGGUGGACCGCGACGUGCCCUGGGGCGUCGACUCGCUCAUCACGCUGGCCUUCCAGGACCAGCGCUACAGCGUGCAGACCUCCGACCACCGCUUCCUGCGCCACGACGGCCGCCUGGUGGCCCGCCCCGAGCCCGCCACCGGCUACACGCUGGAGUUCCGCUCCGGCAAGGUGGCCUUCCGCGACUGCGAGGGCCGCUACCUGGCGCCAUCCGGGCCCAGCGGCACGCUCAAGGCGGGCAAGGCCACCAAGGUGGGCAAGGACGAGCUCUUUGCCCUGGAGCAGAGCUGCGCCCAGGUCGUGCUGCAGGCGGCCAACGAGAGGAACGUGUCCACGCGCCAGGGUAUGGACCUGUCGGCCAACCAGGAUGAGGAGACCGACCAGGAGACCUUCCAGCUGGAGAUCGACCGCGACACCAGGAAGUGCGCCUUCCGCACCCACACGGGCAAGUAUUGGACACUGACAGCCACCGGGGGUGUGCAGUCCACCGCAUCCACCAAGAACGCCAGCUGCUACUUUGACAUCGAGUGGCGUGACCGGCGCAUCACACUGCGAGCAUCCAAUGGCAAGUUCGUGACCGCCAAGAAGAACGGGCAGCUGGCCGCCUCGGUGGAGACCACAGGGGAUGCCGAGCUCUUCCUUAUGAAGCUGAUCAACCGCCCCAUCAUCGUGUUCCGCGGCGAGCACGGAUUCAUCGGCUGCCGCAAGGUCACGGGCACCCUGGAUGCCAACCGCUCCAGCUACGAUGUCUUCCAGCUGGAGUUCAGCGACGGCGCCUACAAUAUUAAAGACUCCACGGGCAAGUACUGGAUGGUGGGGAACGACUCCUCCGUCACCAGCAGCAGCGACACCCCGGUGGACUUCUUCUUUGAGUUCUGUGACUACAACAAGGUGGCCAUCAAGGUGGGCGGGCGCUACCUGAAAGGGGACCACGCCGGUGUCCUGAAGGCCUGCGCAGAGACCAUCGACCCCACCUCGCUCUGGGAGUAUUAGGUCCCCGCCCCGGCGGCCGCUGUCCCCUCCACUAACCCUCCUCCUCCUCGGCGGCCAGGUGGCAGCCCCUUGCCUUUCAAACUGGAAACCCCAGAGAAAUUGGCGCCCCCACCUGUGGGCCCCUGGAUGCCCCCACUCCCCGUGGGUCUGCCCUUCCUUGGGGGGAUGUCAGGUCCCUCUUUUCUGCCAUGGGGUGAGGCUGGCACCUCUUUCUUCUGACCUCAGACGACUCUGAGCCUUAUUUUCCUGGAAGUGGCCAGGAGAGGGUGGCCCAGCCCUACCUGGGGGGUAGGGCACAUAACUGGAAUCUCCUGUCUCCACCAUGCGUGCUUUUUGGGGCCACAGCCCCUCUCCUACUCUGCUGGGGCCUGCUGGGCUCCCUGGCUUGAAGCCAGUGGGUCUGUGCCCUGUGCAUUCCGGCGGGGGUAGGGGACACCCCGAGCCUGUCUUCUUUCACCCUGGCCUGACUGGAAGCGGAAAACGACCAAAUCAGUAUAUAUUUUUUUUUAAUGAAGUGUUACUGUUGGAGGCACCCCAGCAAGCCUGGUUGUACUUGUGAGUGGUCUUGGGGGGUCUUGACACCUGUGCCCACCUCCCCAGCUGGCCCCCUCCUGUUCUCCCAUCACCCCCAGCCCUGGACCCUCCUGCCUCAGCCCCAGCCCUGCUGGGAUUGGUGCUCCUGGGCAGAAUGGAGCCUGUGUCCCACCCACCAGCUGGGUACCCUGGGGUCUCCAUUGGCCUCCUGGCUGCCAGCCCCCCACCAGCCCCCUGCCACCGUCCAUCUCACUCUGGGUGUCUUGGUCUUUUAUUUUUUGUAAGUGUCAUUUGUAUAACUCUCAGCGCCCAUGAUAGUAGCUUCAAACUGGAAAGAGCAAAAUAAAAUAACUCUCGAGUAUGCAGCCCUG